UCUCGAUUUCGAUCCGAAUAUCUGAUAAAAGUUAGCGAUCAUGGCUGAAAUCUCGGAGUCUCGGAGUAAUGGAAAUCAUGUUGUCUUGAAUGUUAAUGGUGAAGCCAAUGAUCAUAGUCCUCCAUCAUCCUCCAAAACCAAAGAAUCUCACAACUGUUUCUCUGUGCCAUUCAUGCAAAAGCUGUUAGCUGAGGUGUUAGGCACAUAUUUUCUGAUAUUUGCCGGCUGUGCAGCAGUGGUGGUGAAUACCAACAAUGACAAUGAGAUUUCACAUCCGGGGAUCGCCUUGGUGUGGGGAUUAGCCGUGAUCGUCUUGUUUUACUCAUUGGCUCACGUCUCCGGUGCCCAUUUUAACCCUGCAAUCACCAUUGCUUUUGCUACCUGCAAAAGAUUUCCUCAUGAAAAGGUGCCAGUUUACAUAUUGGCUCAAGUUGUUGGAUCGACACUGGCGGCUGGGACCCUGCGGUUACUUUUUAGCGGACCGCAUGAUGUCUUCGCCGGAACGUCGCCGCAAGGGUCGGAUUUGCAGGCAUUCGUGAUCGAGUUCAUCAUCACUUUCUACCUUAUGUUCAUUAUAUCCGGUGCUACCACGGAUAACAGGGCUAUUGGAGAACUUGCAGGACUUGCCGUUGGCUCUACCGUGCUGCUUAAUGUGUUGAUUGCUGGGCCGAUAACAGGAGCAUCGAUGAAUCCGGCACGGAGCUUGGGACCGGCAAUUGUGUCAAACCAUUACAAAGGAAUAUGGAUAUAUCUUACGUCGCCGAUCAUUGGAGCAGUGUCGGGUGCUUGGGUUUAUAACUUGGUUAGAUAAACUGAUAAGCCAUUGCUGGAGAUUAUUAAAGGGCCUCUUUCCUAAAAAAUUCAUGUAAUUAUUGUUAAAAAAACCCUAU